GCUUCUUCCUGUGAACUUUGCCCACCGGAUAUCGCAGCUGAUUUGUAAAUCUUUGUUCUACAUUCACUAUAAAAGCUCAAGAGCAGAAACUCACAUGCACCAUCAUUUCAAUUUCAAAGACUUAGUUGGGUUCUUUUUGAAGCAAUGGCAAGCGAAAGUGCUCCAGUGACAAGUGCUGCGGCUCCAAGCAGGAGAAGGCCGAGUGUGGAACUGCCGGAAUUCAAGUUGAAAAACAAACAGCUCAAUGCUUUUGUGGUUGAUGAACAUGAGUUCUCCUGUAAGAUUGAGAAAGCAUUUCUUGGUUACUUUGGGGUUCGUGCAGAAACUAUGGGAAGUGCUGCGAAGGCAAUGGAGUUGAUUCGAGGAGGACAAUCUGUUGAUCUCAUUCUGAUUGAGAAGUUUCUGGAAGACAUGGAUGGCAUUGAGGCUACUAAGCAGCUCCGUGCAAUGGGAGUAACUUGCAAGAUAAUGGCUGUCUGUUGUUAUCCUUUUGAAGAAGUCGGGGAGCAGUUUCUGGCUGCCGGAGCUGACAUCUACAACGAGAAGCCUCUGGACUUCGAGAAGCUGGUUGAGGUGCUGAAGGAGCUUGAUGGGCAGUGAGUAAAGCAUGGACCAAGAAGAUGACUCCGCUGUUGUUUGUUUUGCUUUUCAAUAAAAUGUUUUGUUCGUCAGUAUCUUAUGUUUGUUUGAAUUAUGUUUGCUUGUUUUUGUUUUUUGAACUAAGAUUUAUGUUUGCUUGCUGUCAUAAAUGAAGUGGAGUCUUUUUAUUUUUGUUA